AUGGCCUUUACAUGCGAGUGGAUUGUGCACGCGGAUUCUUUUCCCGCUUCUCGCGUCCUCCUCCGCGAGGAACAUUUCGAGAGCGGUGGACUGAAUUUGCUGUUGCUAUUCUGCGAACUGGGCGCGCGGAAACAGAUCCUCUCCUCCCACGAAGAAGAGAUGCCUCACUUCUCCUGCGCUCCGCGGGGAGUGGUGACGGGCUCUCUUCGUGGUAUCGAUCUCGACCGCCACCACGUGCGCAGCACGCACCGCAAGGCUCCCAAGAGCGACAAUGUCUACCUUAAGCUCUUGGUGAAGCUUUACCGCUUCCUGACCCGUCGCACCGACUCCAGCUUCAACAAGGUCAUCCUGCGCCGUCUCUUCAUGUCGCGCAUCAACCGCCCUCCCGUCUCCAUCUCCCGCAUUGUCGGCAACCUGGACAAGGAGGACAAGCGCACCAUCGUCAUCGUUGGUACCGUCACUGACGACAACCGUCUCCUGACCGUCCCCAAGUUGACCGUUGCCGCUCUGCGCUUCACCGCCACCGCCCGCGCCCGCAUCAUUGCCGCCGGCGGCGAGGCCAUCACCCUCGACCAGCUUGCCCUCCGCGCCCCCACCGGCAGCAACACCCUGCUGCUCCGCGGACCCAAGAACUCCCGUGAGGCCGUCAAGCACUUCGGCUUCGGUCCCCACAAGCACAAGAAGCCCUACGUCGAGUCCAAGGGCCGCAAGUUCGAGAAGGCCCGUGGUCGCAGACGCUCUCGCGGUUUCAAGGUCUAA